AUAAUAUUAGCCAUCUUUGCCAGGUAAACAUGGUAAAUAAGCAGUGAAAGUUUUGAAAACUGAACGCGACGGUAGAGUAUCACGCGUGUAACACAAAAGAGUUCAAAAUAUGGCGAUCACUGAUUUGUUUUGAAAAGAUUUUUGUCCAUAUUUACGACUGCACUGCUUCGUUUCCUGUUUUUUAACGACACUUCGAGAUUUAAAUAUGACCACUCCAUCCAAGGAAGGGAAUGACCCAUGUUCAAACGAGAACAGCGAGGAAUCGGAGUCGGAUGCUGACAUGGACGAGGUUUUGUUAGCGGAGUUUGAGGAUAAUGAUCCAGGGCCCACAAAAGUUGAAGCAGAAGUCAGAAAGCCUCAAACAGCAUUUGCAGAGGAGGAGAAAAAAGAGGAUUCAACACCAGUUCCCAAACCCCACACAGGUACAGAGGAAGAAGGUGGAAAAGUGGAUUCAACCCAUGGGUCCAAACAGUCCAAGGAUGACCAAUCAGAGGAAGGUAAAGAGGUCUGGGUGCCACCAAGUCGUGAAAAAUCUGAAUUAUCCACCACCACCACCACCUCCGCUUCUACUAAUGAGUCGUCUGAAUCGUCAGAGACAACCCAGAGCAACAGUGAACAGUCGAAGCUUAGUGUCGGGUUGCCUGCCCUUGCCAGUAUUGGGGCAACUGCUGCACCAACAGAUGAGAGCUAUGAACCUAGUGUAUAUCAUAUCAAGUGGAACACAUUUGAUUUACGAGAUGUCCCAAUUAUUACCCAGAAUGAGAAUGGACCAUGCCCCCUGUUAGCUAUCAUGAAUAUCUUAUUGUUAAAGGGGAAGGUCAAGUUAGAGCCAGGGCAAGAAAUCAUCACACCAGAACAGAUCAUGACUUACUUGGGGGAUAGCAUCUUGGAAAAUGCACCAAAGAACAACACAGAAGCAGAGCAGCUGAAUUUCGAGCAGAAUAUGCAUGAUGCUAUGGCCGUGAUUCACAAGUUACAGACUGGCCUGGAUGUCAAUGUCAGAUUUACAGGGAUCCAGGAUUUCGAGUACACACCAGAGUGUAUCAUCUUUGACCUGCUGGGGAUUCCCCUGUACCACGGCUGGCUUGUGGAUCCCCAGGACACUAAGACGGUAGAGGCGGUGGGGAACUGUAGCUACAACCUACUGGUGGAGAAAAUCAUUAGUGACCGCAGCUCAGAGCAGCCUGAGCUGGUCAACCAGGCAUUACUCGCGGAAGCUUUCCUGGAUAGAACCGCCUCACAGCUGACAUACCAUGGAUUGUAUGAACUCAACUCAACCGUGAAGGAAAACCAGCUGUGUGUCUUCUUUAGAAACAACCACUUUAGUACCUUGUACAAGCAUAAGAAUGAGUUAUUUGUGUUGGUGACGGACCAGGGCUUUCUGAACGAAAAGAACGUUGUGUGGGAGACGCUGAACAAUGUUGAGGGGGACGGGUAUUUUGUGGACGCCCAGUUCCACACCUACACCAAGCCCCCGCCCAUCUCAGAGUCCCUGGCCCCUCCCCCGGUACCCCCAGGGUCCGAGGAACAAGUCGAUCAAGAUUAUCUACUGGCCAUGUCCUUACAACAAGAACAACAGAUGACAGAUGAAGAGUUGGCAUGGAAACACAGUCAACAACCACAAGAGCAUGCCCAGAUCUCAGAUCAUGAACUGGCUGCCAGACUGCAGGCGGAGGAAGACGAGCGAGCGAUGCGUGCUAUGAACGAGCAGCAACAGAGACAGCAACAGCAGCAACCCCAGGGUCAGAGGUCAGCUGCUGCUGCCCCAGGUGCUAGUCGAGGUCGUCCCCGGGAGAGAGCAGAGAGGGACCGAGAACCGCGCGAUAAAUCCAAGGACAAUGGUUCGUCCUCUAUGUGCUGUAUUUUAUGAUGAGAAGUUUGGACGUAGCCUUUGAGGUGUUCAUGGCUUCCAUUAGGACGAGUCUUCUGUUUCGGUUGUGACCCUGUGUUCCUAGUCAGGCUUUGACAAGAGUAAACUGUACAACUAGAGUUAUAAUCAACACCAUGGUCGGACAAUAAGCUGUACAACUAGAGAUGUUACCGACAUCAUGGAAAAUAAGCGAUACAACUCUAUAUAUUUGGCAUCAUUUAUACGGGCAUUAGCUGGCCGGUCUGAGUUAACCAACUGUGUCAACUUCUCAAUAUCAAAACCAAUUUUCUUGUGACUUUCAACCUUUGACUUUUAACUUAUGACCUUUAACAUGUGACAUUUCACAGCUGGUUCACUACAUUACACAUGUACAAUGUGUAUGUGUGAUGUUCUAAUAACCAAUAGAAUGUGUAUGAGAAAUGUAAUGGAUAUUUUUAGAUUUUACAUGACAGACUGAUGUUCUGUGUUUAGGUAGCCAGAUGCCUAAUGAUGAUAUAUAAACAUUCUGAGAUAUAAAAAUUAAAUAGAUUCUUUGGUGUCACUUUCUUUGUCCAUGAUACAAAUUCCAUGAGAAAUUCUCUGCCACUUCCAUCAGUGUAAUUUUAAAAGUUGUACGUAAACUGUGUACUGUAUAAACGUAUAACUAUAGGCCCCAUCAUACUGUGAUGUAUUAUUUAUUGAUUUUAGUUCAUGUUGAGUUGAUUUUGUAUUUCAGUCUUUGAUUUCUUCUCUCAACUACCAUUGACACUUUUGUCUGUUUCUUACUUUGAACAGAUCAAAAUAUAAAUGUAAUUUGUAUAUUUGACAUUGUGUACUUGUCAGAGACUGUAUUUUACAUGAAAUAUUUUUCAAAGUUCAUAAUUAUGUAUAUAUCUAUAAAUCAUUCAAUAUACCUUUGUCUUCUAAAAUUGAUAACAUAUACAUGUAUAUGCCAAUAAUUUUGAAGUCUAUGUCUUUGUAUGCUAUUAGCAGUCAGCCUCUCUGGUUUACUGUUGGUGAUAUUAUCUGUCUUUGUGUUGCUUUUUCUGCGUUCAACCAAGCUGUCAAUUUUUGUAGCUAUCAAGCCCCCCCCCCCCCCCCCACUAAUUUACACACACAGACAUACUUGCAUUCAACCCGUCCC